AUGGCGGAAGCAUUCGGUAUAGCUGGCAGCGCGUUCGGCACUGUCUCUUUGGGCUUGCAACUGUUUAAAGAAAUUUCGCAAUAUCUCGAUGACAUCGACGGCCGCGAAGAAGAUCUCAAGGAAGCACGCAAUUACGCGACUAAUAUCGAACUCUCUCUCAAUGCGCUUGAUGUUGCGAUAUCCAAUGCGCCUCCUGGUGAUGCCACGACCAAAAAUGCAAUCGACUCAUGCAAAGCCUCAUGCAUCUCCGCGGUCAACAAUUUGUUGGCAGUUGUGAAAGAGCUCAAAGGCCCAACAAUUACUUUGCCGAACAGCAACGUUACGAGGGCCAAAGAGCUGCUUCGCGCUAAAUUAAAAUAUCCUUUCAAGAAGCAGAAUAUACAAAAGCUCGAGGAGAUUCUUUCGCGUACUAAUAGUGCUCUGCAAACCGUAUUGCAAGUGUUUCAGCUCAACAUGGGUCAUACAACGACCUCUGCUCUCAACAACAUGCACCAGGCCGUGGUCAAGCUCAAUGCAAUAUGGGAAAGGAAUACAACAGCUCUGGAUGAAAUCCACAAAACAUCGCAGCUUCAUGAUGAAAAACUCACUACUAUUCAGCAAGACGUUACAGAGCUUUUGAUCCUUACACGAGACUCCGACAACUCAAAGCUCCUGCUGAGAUCGAUGGCCCAGCGGUUGUCUGACCUCACCUCUCGCACUUGUGUUGCCGCGAAUUUGUUGCAGAAUCCAGUAUCUCAAACAUUCAUACCGAAUAUAGAGACUACCAGUUACCAGGGUCGCGGUAGCAUGACAUUUAAUGCUUUUUGCUCUUGCCAAACGCAGCGAGUACGAUAUAGUCAACGCUACUGGGGACCCUUACUUCUCGAGGCUGAAGUCAGAUCAAGAGACCACCAUGCGCCAGAAUGUCCAAUGUCGAAGCUCCCUGCAUCUACCCGACAGACUGAGCGAGUCUUGAGCCUCUUGAUCCCGACAGGUCAACGAUUAUGGGGACGUGCUAGUAAAGUCUCGCUGUCUUUCACAACAGGUGCAGGCAUACUAGGCUUAGGUCAAAAGCUGACCUGGGUUGCGACAGUGGAUAAGGAUUCAUCCCCGGUAUUCCGAAUGGUGCGAACAGUCAGAUCAUAUGAACAUUUGCAACGAAAAGACACGAACACUCUGUUGGCUUCAUGCUUCAGACGACUUGUCUGGUGUUAUUCUAACCACCACGCUUCUGUAACAGACGUCAACGUAGACGGUGAUACAGUACUUGAGUGGCUACUCAAGAACCACAGGCUCCAUGGCUUGCGAAAUGCAUUGAAAGCCGAUAAUAUGGCAGAGCUAUGUCAGAUGCUUGCUGUUAUAGUAAAGCCUACGGCUUACAGACACAAGGCCACAGCUGAGCCUAUUCAAGCUGUGGUAGCCAAUAGUGGCUGGUUUUCGGACUGUACAAGGCCUGUCGAAGUUGCAACAGCUAUUCUAUCGCACUACAACCAACCGGUGGGCCAUUAUCACCAGGACUAUCGCUUAUCGUGGUGGAAAAGCGACAAUGAUCGCAGAGGUGCAUAUACACUCUUUCAAAUUUUGCCGCAAGUAGUUGAAAACCUGGAGUUCGGUCGCCUGGCUUGCGCUAUUAUAAAUCAAGAUCUUGAUAGAGUCCGCCAGUUAUUGGAGAAAUCGCCGUCACAUGUCAACGAAAUUAAUUACUGCGGCCAGUCACCGAUCCAUCUUGCCAUUGAAACGCAAAAUGUCGCCGUCAUAAGGAUUAUUCUUCACUAUGCAGACCCUGAAGUUCUUAACGCCAGAGACAAUGAUGGCCGUUAUCCCAUUGAUUAUGCGAUAAGAACGGGUAAACAUGCCGAGGAAGCCCAAGCGGUCUGCUGUGCGUGCAAAGUGCUUGAACUGUUGCUUCAGUCAGAUACAGGAAUUUUUCCUGCCUCGUUAUAUGAGGGCUUAAAUUCGCCCUACAUCUGUACUGAGGCUCAGAAGAUCCUUAUCAAAGGUCUAGCGGAAAGGAGAGAAAGACUAAAGCACAUCUCAUACCAGUCACUUUCUCCAGUCGAAAGACAAAGGUUAGGCGUUAAUCAAGCGAGGAUCCUGGACCAGAACGCGGUGCAGGUACAAAGCCAACUCGAAGCUCGAGGUUGCUUCAUACCCAUGUCCCUCAAAGAGUACGAAGAAAAGGGUAGAUCGGCAGACGCCCAAAAAUCGAUUUACUCAUAUAUCUGUAGCGGCAAAGUCGCUGAAUAUGCCCACCAGUUGGGUUUUCAUUACUCUGACAACGAAUUUUGGGACUUUGUCUCCAUCUUCCCAAUUCGGAUGAGGAUUCAUUCGUUCUACGGAUUUCUAUACACUAACACCGUGAUUACCUGUUCAUAUUUGUGUUGGAUGAUCAACCGAGGUUCGAACAUCUCAGCAGCUGUUCCCGACACAAAAUCACCAAAGCUUGAGACAGGACUGACCGCUGCUCACUAUUUCAUGCUCAGCUUAGGACUAGCUUCCGAAGCCCGCCGAAAAUGGGCCAUGGACUGCCCGCUUUCACCAUCAGCUUUCAAGAUCGCUUUUUCUGAUACCAGUAUCGAUAACUGUCGCUGCUGGUGCUCUCAAUCGGCACGGAGUCCUCUGGCAUUGCUUCUAGCGGGGAUUUAUUUGUUUGAAAGGUACAGUAUUUUCGUGUCAGAACACGAUUUGCUUGAUCGGCUUACCCAAUCGACGGAAUUUAUAAUGGCCGGUCUGUUCUCUACGCAUCAAGAGAGAAUCAAAGAAUACCAAUGGGUAUUUAACGCCAUUUUAAGGUGCUAUACAUCUUUUAUGCUAGGUCUGCGUCAUUUUUGCGGCGUUCUCAUCCGGGACCCGACAGAUCCUUCGCUUGAAGAGGAGAGCAGGGAGAUUCAAGAAGAGGAUUCUUUCUUGCUUGAAUUAUUCGAAAGUCUCCUUGAAGAGUUUCGAGUCUACCCGCUUCACAAUGGUAUGAGACUGGAAGACUUUUUUGGAUGGAUGCGAAUGGUUUGGGCUCCAAGAAUGCGGGAUGUCGAACAAUAUCUUGAUAAACAACGGCUCACAGACGAACAACUACGGGAUACCGAGUCGAUUGGAGUGGUUUGGGAAAUUGGGCCCCAACCAAGGGAUGAAAGCUCCAAGCGUUGUGAUGUGGAAGAACCUGAUUUAUGGGAUGCUAUGGAUGAGCUAGAUCAGAUUGCUACAGAUCCAGAGAGGCCUACGAAGGAAAGUCUACAGGCUCAUACCUAA